GUAGUCAAAAUAGAUCUUGUUAGAUUUCUUUUAUAUUAAAUAAUAUUAUUUAUAAUUUCUUUUAUUUUUAAAAUGAUAUAAAUAAAUAAAAUUAUAUUUUCUAAAUUAAAAUUAAAAUAUGGUAAGGAUAAUUUUUUAUUUUUAAAAUGACUUUUCGCAAAAGCUCCAAAUUGAAGCUUCUGCUUUCAUGCUAUACAAAAGCGUUUUUUGGGUUUUUCAAAAGCCGAGUUUUUAGAGGUGUUUGGCCCUACUUCAACUUUUGAAGCUGAAAAGCACUCCUAAAAGUCGGGCCAAACAUAGGCACAAAAUAUAUUAGAUGUAUACACUCUUAAGUAAGUUUUUUUCAAUGUAUCACACUAAAUAUUUAUUAGCAAACUUGCCACCAAUUCCAAUUCAAAACUUGUUCUUAAUAUAGCUCAAAGUACAAAAUGCUCUUUAUACACUUGCUCUUUGUACACAAAAUGCUUAUUUGAUGGUUGUUCACGAUGUCGAAUAGACGCAACACCAACGAGGAAUGGGAGAACCGAUGUCAUGUUACUUCAGCAACGAUUGCCGGCCAGAAUCAAAUAAACCUGAGGUAAAAAAGAGAUCCCGAUGAAUAGGGAAUUAUUAUGAUCGAGUAUUUUUUUUUAUAGUGUAAUAAUAAUUUUAUGUUAGUCCAAGAACAAAGAAUGAGUUGUAGUGCAGUGAUAUAAUGCUUUUAAAUCACCUGAGCUGAAUUCUUGGUGUACAUAUAUAGAACUAUUUUUUCCCCCAAAACUCACCUUGUGUCUCGUGACAAUGCCAAAGUCCUCUCUCUCCACCCAGGGAGGAAUGCCAAUUUUCAUAUGACCCAUUUUACCCGAUCCGUUUGAUCUGUUUUGGGGCGGGUCUGAUCCCCGCCUUGUUGGCAAGGUGGAUAUGGAUAUCUUCUCGACUUGACUUGCCUUGACCUGCCUCAUUUUCGACCCUUCUUUGCCUAAAUUACAUAUAAUUUUACUCAAAUUACAUACAAUUGUACUUUCAUUACAUCAUAUUUUAUCUACAACUUUUCUAUAACAAAGUUGUAGACAUGUGAGAUUUAUGAGAACUCAAUUUUUUUUAAUAAUCUAACUACCUUUAUCAUAUUUUAGUUUGUUUCUUGGGUUUUUAAUGAAAAAUUGAAUAUUUCCUAAUGUUUUCUUUUUAAACUACAUACCUAUUGGGUUGAUCCGCCCGACCCGCGCGCCUUGUGAUGAAUACCGACUUGUACCCGACCAGGGGCGUAGCUAGGAUUUUGUCGAGGGUGAGUUCAUUUAGAAAAAAAAAACAUACGAUAAAAUAGUUUUGUUAGAAUUUUAAAUAAUUCAUGAUAUAAUUUUUUAUUUAUGAAAACUUGAUAAAUUAAAUAUAUGCCGAAACUAUCAAGAAUAUCACUCUAAAUGUAUCAAUCAAUUAUUAAUGAUUUAGUUAGACAUUUGCUUUUGAAUGGUGUUCUUUGUCAAGAACGUAGUAUCAAUAAUUCGAGUUGUUGUGAAAGAUUUAACAAUGGGCUUAUACUAUUUAGUAUUUAGUAUUUACUUAUACUUCCCCGCUAAUGAAAACCAACUAAUACGUGCUUAAAAUUUUCGCAAAUAUGAAUAUCACGUACUUAACGAAUGGGGUCGCCAAGAUUCGAACACAUGAUCUCUCUGAUAACGAUGUAAUUGCACAUGUUUGCGCCCCUAGUUCUUAUCCGUUUGAGGGGCAUAUUCGUGUGUUGUGGCCUAUUUUAUGCUAGGUUGUGUUCCUUUGUCCCAUUUCAGGUCCUAGCACAUAAAGUGAAGCAUAGGCGCAAGUUUCAAGUCAAUCAGAGAUCAAUUGACGAUUCGAGAGAGGAAACUCGGGCAUGACCUGAAGAAGAAUGGAUUUUUACCUCACUUUAUGGACAAAGAAGCGUGCAAGCUUGUUAUGAAACGAAAGAGGACGAGACUACGAGCGUCUGGGAUCAAACGGCGACUGAUUCGGAGUCCGGACGAGGGAGAAACGAAGCAUUAAACAGAGGCUGAGCAAGCUGCACGGGCAGACCAGGGAGGCUGCACGGCCGUGCACGUGAGCAAUAUGGCCGUGCGCCUUAUGCCGAGGACACGCACGGGCAACCCCUGAAGCUCGCACGGCCGUGCACCCUGGCCGUGCGAGAGGGCUGAAGUUCGACUAAAUGACACGCUGCGUUUUGAGUUGCACGGCCAGAAUGGUGAUAUGCACGGCCGUGCACCCUGGCCGUGCGAGUCGGGAAAUCUGGUUUUAAGCCAAAUUCCGAACCAAAGGAGAGAGAGAGCUGGGUUUUGGAUCCCAAACACCCAAGGGACGAACCCUAGAGAGAGAGGGCGAUUUGAGGGCAUUCUUGGAGUAGAGAAGGAGGAUUUCUUCGCCUUGGAAGCUCGAGGAACAAGCCCGGACUUGAAGACUGAUCAUCUGAAGAUUCUUACUGCAGUCUCUCUCUUCUCUAUGGAGUAACUUCCCUUCACUUAGGUUUUGAGGAACCCUAGCUAUGUUUGUUUGAUUGGAUGAUUGUAUGAGUACUCUGAGUGGAUAAUCUUGAGUUCAUAUUCAAUCUAUGCAUGUUUUCAUGAUUCAAUUCUGCUUUAGUCGAGAUUAUUGAUUCUGCUUUGAUUCUAUGAGAGGGAAUACCUGAUUAGGUCAAUAGAGCACCAUAGAUUGAUAGUAGUGGAUCGAUUGCUUUAGUCGAGGGUUGAUUCACUGCUUUGUAUCGAUUGAGAACCUCUUUCGAUAGAGGGAGUCUAGUUCAGAACGCCUUGAUCAGUUGUUCUAGAGAAGGAUACGUCCCUCUAGGCAAUUGACUCAAGAGGGCCUUGUUCCUUUAGUCGAGACUCAAGGUCUAGUCAAGGAUUCUCCGCAUUGUGAAUGAAAGUGAAACAGGUUAGAGAUCAUCAAUCGUUAGUCUGGCUAGUGGCUAGGGGGAAUCAUACCUAAGUGAGUUCCCAACCUGUAAUUAGAUUAACUUUAACUGUAGUUUGCUAGAGUAGUUUUAGUUCUUUCAUCUUAAUCUGAUUUGCUAAAUAAUAAACUGAAGCUGAGUAAUAGUAACUCUAGAGACCCGUGGAUUCGAUAUUUAUCACUUGAGCCACUAUACUGCAGUCCCUUUCAUUGGUUACACUUGGCCUUUGUUAGGUGUUGUGUUUUAGAGAGUCAAGUUUUUGGCGCCGUUGCCGGGGACUUUCUAGAGUAUUAGGAAAGGCAGAAGUUUGUUACUUUAGCGUUUUUCGUUUCUUUUCUUUUCCACCCUUGCUUUUCACUUGGGUGUUUUUGUUUUUGUUGGUGCAGAUCUGAAUCAUGGAUCCUAAUGGCUUCUCCAAUCAUUGGGGGUAUCCACCACCAUCUGGGUGGUAUUACCCCGAGACUCCGUGGAGCAAUCAAGGCGGAGAAGACUAUGGAUUCGGGUUCCAGUACCAACCCCCUUACUACGGAGAACAACCGGACCCCUGGGCAUAUCAAGAACAACCUCAUUAUCAAGAAGAAUUUCUCCCACAACCAGAAGGGCCAUCGGCACUGGAGUUACUCAUGGAGCAGUAUGCUCGAGACUGUGAGAGAACAUGCUCCAGGAUGGAUCAGUGUGUCCAGGCCUAUCGUGAAACAGAUGAGAUCCUCCUGAGCCUUAAGAAGAGCGUCGAUGAUCUUGAGCGAUCUUGGGCGCAACCUGCUCCAGAUCACCCUUCUGCUACCAUACAAGAAGAGGAGGAGGAAGAAGAAGGCUACAAGGGCAUUGUGGAACACACUGAAGUUGUCACGGAGAGCUCCCGUGAUGAUCAUGAUCAGGCCUGUCAUGUCGUAGCCGACCACACCUUCCCACACCCCAAACUGAGCUUUGAAGAGGCGGGCAUGAGUGAGGAGAUGCAAGAAGAUCUCAUGAAAGAAAUUGCUUGGCAACUUGCUCUCCAAUCCGUGCUAGAAGAAGAAGAGCAAGAAAGGGUGCAGAAAGAAGUUGUGGAGGAUGACGAAAGUGAAGCUGGAGGAGUUCUUGAUCAUUUCCCAGGGGUGAUACCACAUGAAGAAGGAAGGGAGGUUGAAGAGGCGAUUGGCGUCCAGGCUGAGGACGAAGUUGAGGUGGAAGAGGCUUGCACCGGCCAUGAGUUACAUGUGAUAUCUCCACCAAACUUCGAGGAACUGCUUAGCAAGGACCCAUUUGCAGUGUCUCUUUGCCAGACCAAGGCCACAUCGACAUCGGUCCCUCUUGGUGGACGCGAUGGUGGCCAAUCGAUGCUGUCUUAUCUGGUUUGGGGCAAUGAGACGAGAGAAGAGAAGAAGAGGUCUCGAGGGUGGAGACUUCAUCUGCAUCAAGUACAUGAGCCUUCAUCACCUACCACACCACAUGCUCGUGACUUGAGACUCCACCUCAUCGACGAGAACCUCAACUUCAAGGAGGUUCUAGCAUGGACCGAAACUUAGGAGCCAUCGUCCGGCUCACGACGUGAAAGAAGCGCUUGUUGGGAGGCAACCCAACCAGUCGGUUUGCAUUUCUUUCUCUAUUUCUCUUCGGUUGAGUCAGUUUUGUUCUUUGAUUUUAGAGUCAAUAACUCAACCUUUGUGAGAUUUUGUGUAGUGUUUGUGUUCUGAUUACUCUCUCUUCCUGGAAUGCACUGCCUGACCCGUACAUCAUCAUUCACCCUUGAUCUGGUAACUUCGUUCUACCCCCCUUAUCUUUCCUCCAUUGAGGACAAUGUCGUGCUUAAGUGUGGGGGGGUGUUCGAUCAUGUAUGCGGGUGAAUGUUUGGCUGUUUGUGUGCUUGGAGCCUAGUCCACUGUCCAAAUUUUUAAAUUUGAGGGCUCCAAGUACGUGUUUCCUUGCAAUUUCCUGCUCAGUAUGCUUUGAAUUGACAGUCCUUACAGUAAUAUGCAACCUAGGGAGGUAGUGUAGCACUAUGGAGGAUGUUGAUGCAUUUAAGAAGUCUCAUUUCUUCUUCAUAUAAAGUUGGUUGAUUGAGUGAAUUAGUGAUCUUAGGACCCUUGAAUUGUGUGGUGUUGUGGAUUUUCUACCUGUCAUGGACUCUUGUAUCAUGUUUUGAAAAUAACAGGUGCUCGAAAAUGUGCUUCAAAAUAAACGUCUCCCGUGCGAAUAGGGCGAAAGUGUGUAAGGGGAGACGGGAAUCCGUUCCCAAUUUCCACCUACUACCUCCAGCCCCCUUACAUGUCUUUCCCCCACACGAGGCUCGAGACAUCCGCUCCUGGCAUGGCCGGUAAGAGCAGGUUGGGACCCUUGAAAAGAAAAAAAGAAAAGAAAAAUAACAGAAAACAAGCAAAACAGAAAAAAGGGGUUCCAACCAUCUUCAAAGAAAAUCGAGCACCUUGAAAACUGUGAGUCCAUGAUCUUUUGUUUUUGAGAAUCUCUUCAUCCACAAUUCAUUUGUCCUCUGUUCACUGUUUGCCAUGAUGCCGACUGACCGAAGAAGCUAUGAGAUGACUUGUGCGUCGGUUGACCUCGUAAGCUGCUAAAUGAUCUAGGAAGUCCUCUACCUACGAUCUGGGUUGUUUGUUGCUAUAGAGGUCUGGAGAGUUGCCUUGGUUUGAGUUAGGUUUGCUUGGGGACAAGCAAACGGUUAAGUGUGGGGGAGUUUGAUAACGAUGUAAUUGCACAUGUUUGCGCCCCUAGUUCUUAUCCGUUUGAGGGGCAUAUUCGUGUGUUGUGGCCUAUUUUAUGCUAGGUUGUGUUCCUUUGUCCCAUUUCAGGUCCUAGCACAUAAAUUGAAGCAUAGGCGCAAGUUUCAAGUCAAUCAGAGAUCAAUUGACGAUUCGAGAGAGGAAACUCGGGCAUGACCUGAAGAAGAAUGGAUUUUUACCUCACUUUAUGGACAAAGAAGCGUGCAAGCUUGUUAUGAAACGAAAUAGGACGAGACUACGAGCGUCUGGGAUCAAACGGCGACUGAUUCGGAGUCCGGACGAGGGAGAAACGAAGCAUUAAACAGAGGCUGAGCAAGCUGCACGGGCAGACCAGGGAGGCUGCACGGCCGUGCAUGUGAGCAAUAUGGCCGUGCGCCUUAUGCCGAGGACACGCACGGGCAACCCCUGAAGCUCGCACGGCCGUGCACCCUGGCCGUGCGAGAGGGCUGAAGUUCGACUAAAUGACACGCUGCGUU